AUGGCCGCGGCCGCCGAUGUUCGCGAUAUGCUGGAUUUGCCCGCAGAAGGGCAGCCCAGACCGCAUAAAAAGCAAAAGGUGGUCGAAAAGCGACCAGAGGGUAUCACUCGUGAAUUAUACGCGCUGCUGGGCGAAAGGGCGCCACCAAUCGCUAUUAAUGAGAACAAAUACAAGGGUCGUCCGAAAUGGAUGAACAAGCUUCGCGUUCGACCAUGGAGCAUGGCACCAUUUACGAAUAACGCCCGUUCCGACGGCCUGGUAUUGAAUCACUGGCAAAGAAAACACGAGUCGGCGCGACCGCCUGUCCCCGCGCCCGCGCUCGCACCAGAGGAGUCGCAAAUGGAGGUGGAUCAACCCAAGGAAGAAGGCAAAGAGGACGUCCCCAAACCACAGGAGCAGGAAUACUCUUUCGCCAAGUAUAACGUGAAGCCGCGCGUACCCCAUCGAUACACAGACGACGAGUACAAUCGACAUCUUAAAAGCGAUGACUGGUCACGCGAGGAAACAGACUAUCUGGUGGACCUGGUCACGGAAUACGACAUUCGUUGGGUGCUCAUUGCAGAUCGUUAUGAUUAUCAACCACGGAUGGACACGGAGCCGGAUCCGAAUGCCCUUGUGCCUGCCAAGCAGUAUCGGACAAUGGAGCAAAUGAAGGCACGAUACUAUUACAUUGCUGCGACAAUGCUCUCUCUAGAGCAUCCACCUUCAGAAAUGUCAGAGGCUGAAUUCGAACUACACGAGAAGAUGCUCAAGUUCGAUCCUGACCGAGAGCGUGAUCGCAAAGAACUUGCUGCAUUACAACUCAAUCGUACAGCAGAUGAAGUUCGCGAGGAAGCAAUGCUUCUCGAAGAAUUGAAACGUAUCACCACCAAUGAGCAAAACUUCAUCACCGAACGACGGGAACUUUACUCUCGCCUUGAGGUGCCCAUUAGCGUCGGCAACACUGCCAUGUAUCAGUCCAGUGCGGGUCUUUCACAACUCCUUCAGACUCUGCUGCAAGCCGACAAGAGCAAGAAGCGUCGCUCCAUCCUCGGUGAUGGUGCUAUUCCUAGCCCCGCCGGCCAGACUCCAACCGCAGCUGGUGGCAUGGGCCGAGGCGACACACCUGUCACAGCAGGCGGAAACAACAAGAAAGGAUCGAUCACCAAGGAAACCAACCAAAUUGUGCGCUCGCUUACCCCAGCCGAGGAAGCCAGAUAUGGUGUGCAGCACCACGAGCGGGUCUCAGCUGGUGUGCAGUUCCGCAGCGAUCGUGCUCAGCGACUCACCCAAGCCAAAUCCAACGUACAAACUCAGAAACUGGCCAAUGCCCUGUCCGAGCUCGAAAUCCCUGUGCGCCUUUUCAUGCCCACGGAACGUGUAUGCAAGGACUUCGAAAAACUUAUCCAAUCUGUCAACAUGCUCCUCGACGCCCGCAAGGUUUCCGAAAAAGUGGAAAGCGAGGUUCGGGUCCUGGAGGCCGCAAAGAUGGAGCGCGAGCGCAAAAUGAGAGAAGCCGCUGGCAUUUCAGGACCAAGUGCGGAUUCUGACCAUCCACACGUGAAAAAAGAGGCCGAAGAUGGCGAGCCGGGCGUGUUGGGUUCUACUGCUCAUGGAUCUGGUGCUCCGGGUUCUCUCAGCGCGCAACAACUACAAGAUGGGAAUCAUAAGAGAUCUGCUAGUGUGAUGAGUGCCGCUAGCGAUAAGAGUAAUAAGCGCCAGCGAAGGUAG